AUGUCGCAGAUACGUCUUACCAACGAGCAGAAGCUGCGCAUCUGCAAGCACCAGGAUGCUAACCCGCGCAUCACCCAGACUGCCCUGGCGGCUUGGACAAAGGACGCCUUUGACCUCCAGAAGGCACUUUCCCAGGCAGCGAUCAGCGAAAUCAUCAAAAAAAGGAAGGAGCUUGAGGCAAUGGACACCACUGACCUCAGCGCUAAGCGUCCUCGGACUGUCCAGCACCCAGCUGUGGAGGAGGCCGUCGCCUUCUGGGUCUUGCAGUGCCAGCACCGUGGGGUCGCUCUCACUGGAGAUCUCAUACGGGCCAAGGCUCAGACCUUUGCGGGAUCAAUGGGCGUCUCGGAGGAAAACAUCAGCUUUUCGCAUGGGUGGCUCCACAAAUUCCAGCAACGCCACAAACUGCGAGCUGUCCGCAUUCAUGGCGAGAGUGGCUCAGCAGAUAUGGGCGCUCUAGAGGAGGCUCUUCCACACCUCAAGGCCGUGGUUGCUGGUUAUGCGCCACGUGACGUGUACAACAUGGACGAAACUGGUUUGUUCUACAGUAUGACGCCCGACAAAACGAUCGCUUAG